AAACGGACAACAAAACAAUGUUACAUACUCUUCAGGUCUUGCAUUCAUUCGAAAACAACUAAACAACAAUCAUCUAACGAUCGUAGUCUUUGCUAUAAAUUUUGUUUCCCCAAAUUUAAUAACAUAGAGACAGACCGACGCGAUUAAACAGUAAUAAAAAGUCGGACAUUUAAUUAGUUUUCAGAUGAAACUGAAAACAAAAGUCGGAAUUGUUUUGUUCGCUCCUGUUGUUGCUGUAUACAAAACAGAGUGUUUUUAAGUGAAAAACGACCAAAAAAUAGAUUUUGUAAUUCAGUGCUUUUUGAUCGAUAGUAACGUGUGUGUGUCUCAACUGGUGUGUUUCGGUAUAGAUUUUUUUUGAUAUCAAAAGAUUGGUUUGUAUACUGUGCAUAAAUACAAACUCGGUGUACAAUUUAUUGCAGACUAGUAAAAUAUUGAUUUUUUCGGGUUGAUUGGUGAAUGCAUUUUUCGUUUUGAUAAAUAAUUGUAUGGAGUGGUUACAAGAAAUAUCCACCAGUCAGUAACUAUUCAAAGCUAUACAAGCAAAUGUUGUAGUGUUUUGUGAACGAACAUUUUUGAUUGAAGAAGAAAGAGAUUUUUGUUUCCAGCUUUUCUUUGUUGCUGGCCGAAAAUGGAUCCGUUGAGUAUUGGAGCGAGUGCAUUAAGUUUACAACAGCGAGAAGACACAGUAGAUCAAAAACCAGACGAUGCCUUCCGGGAAGUAAUUGCCAGCUGUAGAUCUUUGAGUAGCUAUGACACGAAUAACUUACGUACAGCACUGCCACAAGCAUUCGUAGCAGUGGUUGCUGCCUCAUUUCACAUUGUUAUCGGUAUAUCACUUGCGUUCAGCGCCAUUCUCAUUCCACAAGUCGAAGCACCCGACAGUGACCUGAAAUUGACACCGAUCCAGACAUCAUGGGUCGCCAGUAUAAUUGUUCUAUCCGUUCCGGUGGGUUGCCUGAUUGCAGGAGUUUUAAUGGAAUGGAUUGGUCGAUUAAAUGCCAUAAAAUUAGCGGCGAUCCCAUGUUGCGUAGGAUGGAUUUUAAUGGCAACAUCAACAAACAUUUACAUGAUGUUGGGUGGCCGUAUUUUAACGGGAUUAGGAUCUGCGAUCGGAACUAGCCCGGCUAUCGUUUAUAUAACUGAAGUGGCCAGACCAGAUUUACGAGGAUCUUUGAUUUCAACCGCACCAACGCUAGCCUCAUUUGGAAUGGUCAUUGCAUACGCAAAGGGUGCUUAUAUGUCUUGGAGACUAGUCGCUUGGUUGAACAUCAUCUACACACUGAUGCCAGUCAUUUUAAUUCAAAUUUUCGUUCCCGAAUCUCCAGUCUGGCUGGUAGCCAAGGGUCGCAUUGAAGAUGCAGCAAAAUCUCUCAAAUAUUUGUACAAGGCGUAUCCUCAACCGGAACACACGACACAAAGUAUGGCUGACAUGCAUCUGGCCUCAUUGCAAAGAGAACACGAAACGAAUUUGGCCAGUAAAAUGAAGGUUCCGUCUCGUGCUGAUUUUGCGCCAAUGCAGAAGGACGGUUUCCAGAAUUCCAAAUGGGCUGGUUUCCUGAAACCCACCGGCUACAAACCAAUGAUCAUCCUGUUCUGGUUGUUCCUGAUUCAGCAAUUCAGCGGCAUUUACAUCACACUUUUCUUUGCUGUCACAUUCUUCCAGGAAGUGGGAACCGACAUCAAUGCAUUCCAUGCAUCCAUCUUUGUUGGCGUUACUCGAUUCGUUAUGUCUCUGAUGAAUGCUUGGCUGUUGAAACGAUUCAGAAGACGUCCGCUUAUCAUGGUCUCUUCGCUUGGUAUGGCUGCAUGCAUGUUCGUUUCCGGUUUAGUCACUUACUGGAUCAAACAGGGUGAAACUGGUCUCGGAUGGAUUCCGGUCGCUUGCUUACUGUUAUAUGUUUGUACGUCUAUGAUUGGACUGCUGACGAUACCGUGGACAAUGACGGCUGAACUAUUUCCCACCGAUAUUCGAGGCAUUGCCCAUUCGAUAUCCUAUUCAAUGGCGAAUGUGCUUAUGUUCGCUGCUAUUCAAAGUUACAGAUCUCUAUCCGAUUUUCUGGGUGGUGCUUACGCAGUUCAAUGGUUCUUUGCAGCGGUAUCAAUAUGUGGCUUUGGCUUCGCACUAUUAUUUUUACCCGAGACGCACGGCAAAAAGUUGUCCGAAAUUCAAGCUCACUUCAGCGGUGAGGCGAAAAAGCAAAAGAAACUAAAGAAACAGAAGAAAAACGGUGUGACGAACCGAAAGCCGAAGCAGACGUUGGAAACGGUACAAGAGGCCGAACGAAUGAUGAAAGAAACGGUAUAAGAAUGCCGGUUUGCGGAUGAGACUACCCACAUCGGCGAGACAGAAUUUUUUCUCUAUUUAUUUUUAGUAUGCAACUCAUGACGUCGGUUUUAUUUAAAACGGAAAAAUUUCGUUUGUUUUUUGUGUUGACAUUUUUUGUUUUGUUUAAUUUUGUGAGUAAAUUGGAAAGAACCAAAUCUUACGGCUAAUUCCGACCUUAGCUGUCGUUAUGAGUUACUCGCUUGAAAGAGAAAGAUAGGAAGGAAAAAAAAAGAACAUUUUCAUUUACUUUGUAGGUUUGUGAUAGAAUUCAAAUAGGUAUCUGAAGUAUUAUUAGAACUUGUCUCUAAUUGUUUAAUUUUCACCUCUUUUUUGUGUUUUUGUUUUGUUUUUUUGACAAAUUUAAUUAUUUCUUAAUUAUAUGCCACGCAACUAUAGAACAAAUUUUGAAAGGAUUUAUACGAAUAAUUAUUUACCAAUCUAAGUAACACAUUAAAUGUUUGUGCCCGGACUGGCCAUAUGAGUCGAAAA